AUGGCCAGCGUGCAAGAGCCCCUUAUCCCGGAAAGCCAUGCGCUGCCCACAGAUGCUCCGGUUGAGCCCAUUUCAUCCAUAGAUGAGAAGUCCACUGCAAGCGCAAGUGAGGCUAAUCUGAGCGAAUCAACCGCUACCUUGGUUGAAGCCGACUCUACACAACAAUCCAAAGAUUCAACCCAGCCCGAGGUCCCAAUGACCGCCGCGGAAAAGAAGAAGGCCAAGAAGGCAAAGAAGAAGCAGCAAAAGAAACAGGAGAGUAUUAGCUCCAUUGCUGCCGAGCAAACCCCCGAGAUUCCAGCCGUCCCCGAGACCCAAACUGCAGAGCCUGCAGUAGAGGAAUCGGCACCAGUCGAAGCUUCCAAGGAGGCUGAACCCGCCACUGAGCCAGUGGUUGAGGAAAAGACCGCAAUUGAAUCAACGGAAGAGUCGAAGCCGGCCGAGAAGGCUGUCGAUGCUACCGAGGCACCAGUGCUUGAGGAAAAGCCUGCUGAAGCUACUGAAGAGCCAGUUGCCGAAGUAGUGGCCGAGGAGAAGCCUGCAGCUGAAGAACCCGAAGCUGCUGAGAAGGUCGCCGAGCCCAUCACAGAAGAAUCGAAGACUGAGCCCACCACUGAAGCUGCCACGGAAGAAAAGGCCGCCGAGCCAAUUGUCGAAGAGACUCCCGCCGCGGAUGAAGUCAAGGCCGCCGAGGAAGUUGCUGAGCCUAUCGCCGAGGAGAAGCCUGUGGAAGAAAAGCCCACCGAGGCCGUUCCCGAAACUGCCGCUGAGCCUACCGUCGAACAGCCCGCUGCCGAAACCGCCGUGGAAGAAUCCAAGGCUGUGGAGGAUAUCGUUGAGCCUACUAAAGAGGAGUCAAAGACCGCCGAGGCUGUUCCUGAAGCUGCCGUGGAAGAAAAGAUCCCCGAGGUCGUUCCUGAAACCACCGAAGCCGCCAAGGAAGAGACUCCCGCCGCUGAAGCUGCCGUAGAAGAAUUAAAGGUUGUGGAGGCUGCUCCCGAAACCACUCAGGAGGCGCCCGCCGUCGAAGAAUCUAAGGCUGAGGUUGCUGAGCCCACCCCUGAAGCUGCUGUGGAGGAGAAGACUGCCGAGGUCGUUCCCGAAAUCACCGAGGCCGCCAAGGAAGAGACUCCCGCUGAAACUGCUGUGGAGGAACCUAAGGCUGUUGAGGAGGUUGCUGAGCCCACCACUGAGGCCGCCACGGAAGAAAAGACCACCGAGGCUGUCCCCGAGACUGUAGCUGAGGAGACUCCUGUCGCUGAAACUGCUGUGGAAGAAGCAAAGCCUGUUGAGGCUGUCUCCGAAACUAUCGCUGAGCCUACUAUCGAAGAGACUCCGGCUGUGGCAGAUUCAAAGGCCGAAGAGGCUGUUCCUGAAAUCGCCCAGGAGACCCCCGCCGUCGAAGAAUCUAAGGCUGAGGUUUCCGAGCCAGUCACCGAGGAGAAGCCCGCCACUGAGGAAAAGGCUGCCGAGGCCGCUCCUGAGGCUGUCACAGAGGCUGUCGAAGAGACUCCCGCCGUGGAAGAAUCUAAGGUUGAGGAAGUUACUAAGCCUGCCACUGAAGAAAAGGUUGAGGCCGCUUCCGAAACUCCCGCCGUGGAAGAACCCAAGAGCGAGGAAGCUGUUCCUGAAAUCGCCCAGGAGACUCCCGCCGAUGAGGAAUCGAAGCCUGCUACAGAAGCCGCCACAGAAGAGAAGGCCGCUGAGGUCGUCCCCGAGACAGUCGCCGAAGAGACUCCCGCCGCUGAAGCUGUUGUGGAAGAAUCCAAGCUCGUCGAGGCCGCUCCUGAGCCUGUCGCGGAGACUCCUGCCGUGGAAGAAUCCAAGGCCGAGGAGGUUGCUGAGCCUGCUACCGAAGAAAAGGUUGCCGAGGCCGUUUCUGAAACUCCCGCUGCGGAGGAAUCUAAGACUGAGGAGGUUGUUCCUGAAAUCACUCAGGAGACACCCUCUGUUGAGGAAUCCAAGGCUGAGGAGGUCGCUGAGCCUAUCACCGAGGAAAAGGCGGUCGAGGCUGCUCCUGAGGCUGUCGCAGAGACUCCGGCUGUGGAAGAACCCAAGGCUGAGGAGGCUGCUAAGCCUGCCGCUGAAGAAAAGAAUAUCGAGGCCGUUUCUGAUACUCCCGCUGCGGAAGAAUCCAAGGCUGUCAAGGUUGCUGAGCCUACCACCGAGGAGAAGCCUGCUACUGAGGAAAAGGCCGUCGAGGCCGCUCCUGAAACCGUCGCAGAGCCUAUCGUUGAGGACACUCCUGCCGUUGAAGCUGCCGUGGAAGAGUCAAAGCCCGUCGAGGCUGCUCCUGAAAUCGUCCAGGAGACGCCCGCGGCUGAGGAAUCCAAGGCUGAGGAGGCUGCUGAGCCUAUUUCCAAGGAAGAGCCCAUCACCGAAUCCGCCACGGAAGAGUCGAAGCCCGCCGAGGCCGUUGCCGAAACCGUCGCUGAACCCGCUGUUGAGGAGACUCCCGCCGCUGAAGCUGCUGUGGAGGAACCCAAGACUGUCGAGGCUAUUACUGAGACCACCGCAGAGCCUGUCGUCGAAGAAACUCCCGCUGUGGAGGAAUCUAAGACCGUCGAGGCUGUUCCCGAAACCGUCCAGGAGACCCCCGCCACCGAAGCAGCCGUGGAAGAUUUCAAGCCUGCCGAGGAGCCAGUAACCGAGAAGGCUGUCGAGGAACCGAUUGUGGAGGCAGAGGCUGAGAACAGCGCUGACACCACCGCGGCCGUUUCAGAGAUUGCUACAGAGGCACCUGUUGAGGAGCCAACUGCCGAGGUUUCCGAGCCCAAGGAGGAAGUCGUCUCUGAGCCCACCAAGGAGGUGGCCGAGGAGGCUCCUGUUGAGCAGCCUGUCACUGAGGAAUUGGCUGCUGAGCCAGCCAAGGACGCUGAGGUUGUCGAGUCUGUUCCCGAGCAGACUGCUGAUGCUGCUAAGGAAUCUGCUGUCGAGCCUUCUGAGGUUGCUGCUGCUGAGACUGUCACUGAGCCCGCUGCUGAAGUAAUUGAAGAGCCUGCCGCCGUUGUCGCCGAGGAGGCUACUACUGAGGAAGCCCAGAAGCCUGCUGAGGUUGAGCCUGUCCAAGAGACUACCGAAAAGGCUGUGCCAGAGGAACCAGUUGUGGAAGAACCUGUGGCCGAAAACGCCGAAAACGCCAAGGACGUGACUCCUGAGGAGUCCGCCGUUGUCGCUGAGACCGCCGAACCCGCUGCCAUUGAGACUGCUGCUGUUCCUGAGGCCGCCGAAGUUGCCGCCAUUCCCGCUGCAGCUGCGGCUGCUCAUGUCACUGAGGAGUCUCCCGCUGUUCCUCAGGCGGCCGCCGCUAUUGUCGAGGAAAACGCUGCUGCUACUGAGUCUGUGCAAGAAUCAGUGGAGGAGGCUAUCCCCGCCGAGACUGCCAAGGAAGUCGCUACUGAGCAGCCUGAAGCUACCAAGGCUGAGGAGGUAACUGAACAGACCACCGAAGAGCCCGUGGCUGACAAGGCUGUUGAGGAGCCCGUUGCUGAGACCUCUGCCCCAGAGCCGGUUGUCGAGGUUGCUCCCGUUGUUGAAGAAACUCCCGUCGAAGAGCCUGCUAAGGAACUUGCCGUCGAGGAGCCCAUUAAGACCGAGGAUCCUGUCAUUGCUGAUGUUAUUGCGGACGAGGCCGAGAAGGUCGAGGAGAAGCAGCCUGAGGCCGAAGCUGUUGCCGAGCCAGUUGUUGCUGAACAGAUUGAGACUGUCGCCGUUGAAGAGCCUGUUUCUCAAGCCGCUGAGCCUGCUGCCGCCGAAGAGAAGGUUGUGGAUGAGCCAGUCACAGUCGCAGAGACCGUUGAAGUUGCUGCCAUUCCUGAGGUUGAGGCUGUCACUGCUGAGCCUGCUGUUGCUGAAACUCCCGCUGUCGAAGAAAAGACCAUUGAGGAGCCAGUCACUGUUGCAGAGACUGUUGCAGAGACUGUUGAAGUUGCUGCCGCUCCUGGCCCUGCGGCUGAGGUCGAGGCUGUUAUCGCCGAGCCCGUUGUUGCUGAAACUCCCGCUGUUGAGGAAAAGACUAUCGAUGAACCUGCUGCCGUUAUCGAAACCGUAGCCGAGUCAACUCCUGAGCCUGUUUCCGAACAGACUUCCGAGGUGGCACACGUCGAAGAAACUGCCGCUGAGGCACCAACUACCGAGAAGGCUGAGGAUGUGAAGGAGCCCGCCACUGUCGAGCCCACCAUCCAAGCUACCGAGGUUGUUGAGGCACCAGUUGUGGAGGAGCAGAUUGCCGCAGAUCCUGUCAAGGUUGAGGAGCCCGUCGAAGCUGCUGCCCCCGCGGAGAAAAUCCCCGAGGCAGCUCCAGUGGAGGAGUCUACCAAGGAGCUCGAGCCCGAGACAACCGUGGCCGAGGAUGUUGCCAUUGAGCAGCCCGCCAUGGUUGCUGAGGAGGCCGCAGCCGAAGCCCCAGCUGUUGCUGAGGUUGUCGAGGAGACCGUUGUUGCAACCGAGGAACCCUCGAAGGUCGAAACCGCCGAGACUGAAGUUGCCGCCAUUCCUGAGCCCAUUACCAGCACAGAGGAGCCCGAGGUGGUGGCUGAGACAUCCGAUGUGAAGGAGGCAAUUCAGCCCUCCACCACUGAUGUUGAAACUAAGCAGGAAGAGACCGUUGCCUCCGCUUCUGACGAAACUUCUACCAAGGAUACUAGCACCAGUGCUGAACUUCUUGGUGCCGGCGCUGCUGGCGUUGCCGCUGCCGCCCUUGCUGGUGCUGGCGUGGCCGCUCUUGCUCACAAGGACUCCGAGACUACAGCUGAGACCUCGAAGGAUCAGAAGGACCCCCUACCUACCGAUGCAGACAAGGAACCCGUUACUAAGGCUGAAAACCAGCCCCAGGUUUCCGCAGCAGAUGCCCAGCCCGCUGACGGUAAGCCAACACCGUUCUAUCUUUCAUACCAGCAAUCUGCCGUAUCGUUCGAAACUGAUCCCGCUCUUGCAGCACUCGCUGGCGACCGUGAAGCCCUCCUCAGCAAACUCAACCAACCGUCUACAGACCAACUGUCUACAGCUACCCAGCAGCCAACAGUCGAGAGUGUCGCCGAGUCCCAGCCUGCCGCCGAGGCCAGCAAGGGAACCACCGAACCGGCUGCCAAUGUGUCCGACGCCAAGCCUGCUGCCGAUAGCACUCUUACUCCCAAGGAUAAUGAUGAAGAUGCUCGUCCAGCGAGCCAGAACCGGUCAGUGACUGCUGUUUCUCUAAAUGGUGCACCUGACAGCUGGCUCAAAGCAAUCUUGCGCACUGUCUUUGUGAAUUUCUUUGGAGCCAUCUUUUCACCUUUCCGUCGUGGAAAGUCCUCGUCCAAUUAG